GAAAACUGAGACAAACAGGAUUAAGUGACUUGCCCAGUAUCACACAACUAGUCAGCUUUGAACUCAAGGGGUCUUCCUAAUUCCAGGCCCAGCAUUCUAUCUACUGUGCCACCUAGCUUCCUGUCACCUCCACCUUUAGACUGAUGGAGCUGAUCCAAGACAGCCCUCGGAUGCCCCUCGUGUCUGUGAAGGGUGUUCCACUCCUCAAAUACUUUGCUGAAGCUUUAGAACAGCUGAAGGAUUUUCAGGCCUGGCCUGAUGAUGUUCUCAUCAGUACCUACCCCAAGUCUGGAACCACCUGGGUGAGUGAGAUCCUAGAUAUGAUCUACCAAGGAGGUGAUGUGGAGAAAUGCCAACGGGCCCCAAUCUUCCUCCGAGUGCCAUUUCUUGAAUUCAAAGCCCCAGGAAUCCCCUCUGGCAUAGAGACUCUCAAGGAAAUACCUCCACCACGACUACUCAAGACACACUUGCCUCUGUCACUGGUCCCCCACUCCUUGCUGGAUCAUAAAGUCAAGAUCAUCUAUGUGGCAAGAAAUGCCAAAGAUGUGGCAGUCUCCUAUUUCAACUUCUAUAAGAUGGCAAAGGUACACCCUGACCCUGGGGCCUGGGAGGACUUCCUGGAGGAAUUUAUGACUGGGCAAGUAUCAUAUGGCUCCUGGUACCAGCACGUUCUGGAAUGGUGGGAGUUGAGAAAGCGGUAUCCAGUUCUCUACCUCUUCUAUGAAGAUAUGAAGAAGGAUCCCAAGAGGGAAAUUCAGAAAAUCACAGAAUUUGUGGGACGGCCACUGCCAGAUGAUAUUCUACAUCGAAUUAUCCAACAGACGUCUUUCAAAAAGAUGAAAGAGAACCCUAUGACCAACUAUAGCACUGUCCCUGUUGAAAUCAUGGACCAUUCGAUCUCCCCAUUCAUGAGGAAGGGCACUACUGGGGACUGGAAGAACACCUUCACUGUAGCCCAGAAUGAGAGGUUUGAUGCAGACUAUGAAGAGAAGAUGGCUGGAUCGGACCUUCACUUUUGUACUGACUUCUGAAGAGAGGGUCAUCAACCCAGGCUCCUGCACUGGCCCCCAAUUUUUCUAUUCUUCUAAUAACCAUUUUCAGCAAAAUUAGCUUUCA